UAGUACUAGUUACUAACUGAUUGCUUGGGACGUAUUGGGUUGUGGUUCCCUCUGAAGGCAGUGGAGUGGAGGGUUCAACAAGUGGAUUGGCUGCGUGACACCACUUUUUGGACAAAUACUAAUCUUCAGAAUACUAGUUUGAAUAUUUCUCUGUUGGCGACACCAUGUGCCCUGACUGAAGCCCUGCAGUACUUGAAAUUUUUCUGGCUUUCUCUGAGUUGGGCGUUUUGAAAUGGCUAGUUCUGCGGGUCUUUCGGCGCCCGAACAGAGGAGAAAGCCUCGCUUCACACGUCCACCGUUGACAGAUGAAUACCAGGUUGAAGACAGUGACACCCUAUACAGCAUUGCGGUCUCGUACGGGUGUACAACGCAUGAGCUACGUCGGCUGAACCGUCUCCAGACCAGUCUGAUCUUUCCUGGACAGGUUCUCUAUGUUCCGGAACGAGGUGGGCCGCAAGCUCGAAAGCCCGUCAAGCCAGCACCACCCAGCGAGUUGGUAUUUGAGCAAUCAGUGCCGCACACGGCUUCUGUACGCCCGACUGCUGACCCGCUGGAAGGUGUGGAGCUGGCUGGUGAAGCGUUGGAUGAUGACGACGAGGAUUUCGCUGCGGGCAGUGUGGAGGCUGCACGCUCCUUUGAGAAGGUCAUCAGCUGUCGCUAUGUUACGAACAAUGGAGAGGGUAUUGUUCCAGGCGUAUUGUCUGUCACGCCGUACCACAUCAACUUCAAUCCGGACGCACAGAAUCGCCUUGUGAUUGAUCGCGGCACGGGCCGCUACACCGUGUACGUUGCUCUGGCGGACAUUUCCAGCCUGGGCGUGUACGACAACCCUGCACAGAUGGCCAUCAGUGAUCCCCCCACACCGUCGGGGAGCCUGGCGGCCAAGAGCGAGUCAUUCUUUUUCGCCUCAACUGCCGAGUGGGCUAAAUGUAAGACGGAGACUAUGGUGCCCGUCCAAGACUGCCUGUCGCCGUCCAGCGUUCCCAACGUGGACAUUGAAAUGGCAAGAAGCGCCUUGGAGUCUCCAUCUCCAGCACACGAGAGUAGUCACUCGCCCUCGAACCGUGGAAACACGGCAACCGUUGCAACCACGACGCAAAACGAAAGCACGGAGAGCAGCUCGAACGCAGCAACCCAGCGUGUUCAAUCUGUGUCACCUCCGAUGACAAUUGAACAAAAAGCCCGAUCGAACCGCCCGGGGCCCCUGAGCCCAAGCCUGCCACGGUACCUGUGUUUGCGGACUGAGUCCCUCUUGCCGCACAUGGAGCCACCUACCCCAGGGCACCGGAAACCGGAGUAUUGGUUCGCCAUGUCUCACAAAGAAAUUACUCCUCUUUACGAAUUCCUUGAGAAGCACUGCCCAUCACUGGAGCCACUAAAUCAUAACAUGCUGACCGAAACUCUGGGUAGCUACGUCAUAGUCAACUCUUUCGCUAUUCAAGAGGGACUGGAUAUAGUGGAGGACUUCUUCUCUUCUGCUGAGGCCAAAGGAUGCUAUUUGUCACCACUCAUGGCCACUGACGGCAAUAAGGUAUCACAAUCGAUCGUCGGCGGUGAGAAAACAAAGUCUCCCGCUGAGAAGAUACAGAAGCAGCAAUCGAAACCGCAGUCCAGGUCAUCGCCCUCCAGCUCCUCUCCGCUUGCAGGGAAAUCGUCCAGCUUCCAACGAAGAUUGAGUUAUGACCUGCCGAUCAUGAAAGAUGAGCCAUCGCUAUUAUCGUAUGACCACCUCUGCAAGCUGGCCCGUCAUCUACCCAACAGCGUAGUGGGCUGUUCCUGGAAGCUGGCAUACAGUACCAAUGUACAUGGCAUCAGCUUACGCACCAUGUACAGAAAUAUGCGUGAGAUGGACGGGCCGAUCCUGAUGGCCGUGCGAGAUGAGAGUCAACACAUUUUUGGCGUGUUGUCGUCAGCAGCAUUCAAAGUGUGCGAUAAGUUUAUUGGAACUGGCCAGUGUUUUCUGUUCACGUUUCACAACACCAUCGGCUUAAAGAUAUUUACCUGGACCGGCGAGAAUGAGUUCUUUGUCAAAGGAGAUACGGAUGCACUUUGUUUUGGCAGUGGAGAGGGUACGUUUGGCCUGUGGCUGGAUGAGAAUCUCUACCACGGUAGCAGCUACCCGUGCAAGACCUACGACAACGAGGUGCUUGCAAGCACUGAGCAGUUCACCAUACAAGCCGUGGAGGCCUGGUGUUUUGAGUAAACAAUGUCCUGUGUCGUGUAUCUGCACUCGUUUGUACCGGGCGUCUUAUUGACUGCUGCUACCCCUAGGUGGUUUUAUGGCUCCUUAGUUUUUCAAUUACAAUUUUAGCAGUCUAGUUUUGAUAUCACUUUUUAAAUGUCAUUUCCAUAGGGUGCGUGUACUUGUCCAUGAUAGACCGACAUGCUCUGCUCACUCCAACCCUGGUAUAAUACACGUGCACCUGACUUGAUGCCUAGCCUCACCUCACAGUUCCCUGCACCCUCAGCACUCACAGCACUCACAGCCGCCACUAGGACUAAGUAUGUCAUCAGUAUCCUCCUGCUGCUGCUGCGACGUGUAUUUGAAUUUCUAAGGCCUCCAGCUGCUUCUCGUUCCGUCCAUCAUCGAGUCCUGCCAUCUGUUUGGCUGCUGUGCCGCAAAAUCUUUGUCCCAUCUCUUGCAUAUGAGAUGUUUUGUUGUGUUGGUCUUUACAUGCCUGUCUUAGGCUACACUGACUAUGGCCCUAUGAUGUCAUGACUUUUAUUCUUUACUAUUUUCCUGGCCGACCAGCACACUGCAUUCAGA